AUGGAAGAGUCAUGCGAAGUUCGGUUUAUUCUACUAGGGAAUGGUAGUGUAGGAAAAACCUGCAUUAUGCUGAGAUUCACAAAGAAACCUAUACGAGUUUCUCAUAUAAAAACAAUUGGAAUCGACGUAGAAAAACGAAAUUUUCAAUAUCAAGGGAAAAAUAUUGAAAUUAAAAUUUGGGACACAGCCGGACAGGAAAGAUAUCGAAUGGGCUCUAGUUUUUGCUUUUAGAAAUUACCUCUAACAGGCAUAUUUAGCUUUGUUUAGCUAUAAAUUUUUUCUUUUGGGGUAUCUUUUGAAUAGUAAAGAUUUUAAAAGAAAAAAAUCAAUCGAGAAAAUGUCUGCUAGGUAAAAAAUUUUCAAAAAAAAGCUAGUCACAAUCGAAAUGCACUGCCUAGGGAUUUAUUUCAUCGAUUAAACGGAGCCUUAUUAGUAUAUGACGUUACACAGCGGGAUACAUUUGCAGCUGUACAAAGUUGAAUGAAAUUAAUUGAAGAUAAUGCACCAGAAAACACAGCGAUAAUUUUAGUUGCAAAUAAAAUUGAUGAACAGUUUAUUGUGGCAGAAAGCGAAGGCAGGGCACUUGCAGAAUCUUAUAGGAUUCCUUUUAUUAUGACAAGUGCAAAAACUGGGGAAAAUAUUGAGCUAGCAUUUGAGGAGCUUUUCCGGUUGGGUUUUGCAUCCUUCGUAUGAAUAUGAAGACUUUGUGUCUUCCUGAUUGAAAUUUGGUAAAAAAGACUUUUACCCCUAGAGACCACUAGUGCCGAUGACGAAGGCAUAAAUGGUACCGAUACUAGCUAGGGGGUUUAUCCCUAGCUGGAGCUCUAGUCACUCAAUCAGCCGUCAAUUCCUGAGCCUGCAUACUCCAAGGUUCGAGACAGCAUUAAGAAUCAGAUCAAGCUGGAGGAGAGCUAUCUCUGGUAGAAAUGAUGAGUAUCAGGGAGGUGCGCUAGCAGCUGAGCGAGUCUUCAACGAAACUCGUCUCGGGUGAGACGUAAAAGGAGGGUUCUAAUCUAUAAUUAAUGUUAAUUUUAGCAUUUGAGGAGCUAAUUAAAAGUAGCUAUUGAGAAAAAUCCUAAUUCACAUAACAUAAAUUUUUAAUUAUUUGUAAUUAUUAAUGAGAAAUAAUCAGAUUAGAUUAGAUUAGAUUAGAUUAAUAAUGGAUGCUUACAGUCCCCAAUUCUAACUGAUGGCAUUCUGUGCGGUGCUAGCCGCCUAGCGGCACAACUGAAAUGGGGGCUUCCCCUUUGGAAACUCCAAGCUCUGGCUUCUUGGUAGUUGUAUUACCCUAUUGGGUAAAAAAAUUACCAGGCACCACCAUUUCCAUCUUGGUCCUAGUUACUCCGCCCUGCCUGUAACCCUUGGCUGGUAUCGCUUUUUCUCAAAGUCCUUGAACUGGAGAGACUACCUUGACUCUAGUCUACCUUCAUUUUCCCAACCGCUUCGACAGCUUUGAUCAGGCAAUCCAUCCUACUCCGUCUUAGCACCACUGGUUCGGAUGCUGCUGACAAAAAUAAUUCACAAGUAACUGCCCAUUGGAUGAGACCAAAACCCGCGGAUUUGUGCUUACGUCCUUCGUUGCAGACACUAGAUAUUUCUGGAUCAAUUCCUGAUUCUAAAAGCCAUUUCCGGAUAUGCAUGGGCUGUCGUAACACGAUGUGAACGGUUCGGACGUCAUCGCCAUUUUAUUUACAUUAGAAAUAAAUCAAUUAAAACAUUUUUAAAUAUAAUAGAUAUGAUUUUUUCAGAAUAUAAAGAAAGAUAUCUUUUAAAGUAAAUUCGAUUAAUUUAUUAUUAAAUAAUUCCAAAAACUUAUAUAAUUUUUUAAAAAAUAUUUAUGAUAGAGUAAGUUAUUAGAGAAAAAUAAAGAAGGCGAAACUUUGACAGAAAAAGCAGCUUCACCUAUAAAGCGGUGCUGCUAA